GCAUGUGAGGCAUGCAGAGCGGCCAAGGUCAAGUGUCAGCCGAGCGAACUGCCUACAGUUUGCCGCAAGGCCAGAGUGGAUAUGAAUACUGAUUUGAUAAUCAGCCCUGGUGAUGCAGCACAACCUCAGCCACUGCCCGCAAGCCGCCCAUCAAGGACGUUCACUAUUGAAUUUGACGUGCAGUCACUGCCUGAUGUCGACGAGAAUUUCGACGCCCUGCGCGAUAGUCAUGCACAGUUCCUCGAGAGCAUGUUUCCCUCUGAGCCGAACUCUGACAUUGAUGAUCUCACUUCCUCACCAAUGACAGGUUUUCUCACUCCCUCGUCUUCGCACAGCCACUCCAUCCAAUCUCUCCACGCGAAACCCCAAUUCAACCUCGACUCUGCCGAGUCCCUACUGGCCUCAUUCGGCAGAAUGUUGUCCCAUUUCCCCUGCAUUAACUUUCAGCCCGAAGACACGGUUUUAAGCCUUGCUGCCUCUCGGCCAUUCGUUUUACUGGCGAUCUUAGCGGCAGUGUCUGGAUCGCGGACUCUUCAAGGGCAUAGUCUCUAUGAUGAAGAGUUUCGAAAGGUUUUAGGCCUUAAGUUUGUGGCCGGCGGGGAAAGGAGCAUUGAACUUCUGCAGGGCACACUCAUCUACUGUGCUUGGUAUCCAUUCCACCUUAGGCCUAAAAAUAAGCAAGCCUUUCAGUAUGUCCGUAUGGCGGGGGAUAUGGUUCGCGACAUGGGACUUGAUCAAGAGUUGCCCGAGUUGAAAGACGGCGUCAACUCUGAAGUGACGAAGGAGCAGCUUGACAAAAUCCGCACAUAUCUCUCAUGGUUCUACGCUGGAUCAAAUUUCAUGGUCGCCUGGAAGAAGCUAGACGUAAAACCUCCCUUUACUGCUUGGACAGCUACUUGCUGUGACAUUCUGCAGAAGUGCGCAGAGUCCGAUGGCGACUUCGCCUUGAGUUACCUCGUACAAUUUACGAAUUACACGAACGCGGCUACAGACGCAAUACAUGAGAGCACCGUGACAACUGAACAACAGAGCCAGUUUGUCCUAUUCGGCCUGGAAGUCCAAGGUCGAGAGCUCCGGCAACGAAUGCUCACUCGAAUUGCCAAAGUACCAGUGAAAUUCUCGGAGCUAUUUUUUCGCAUCUAUCUUAUAGGCUGCCCUUUAAUUCGCGUGGGGCAAUCUAAGAACAGGCCCUCUGGGUACAUUUUCCCUUCAAUAUCAAAGCUUAAAAGUUGCGUUGCCGAAAUCAAGAUGAUGUUUGACUUUGUCUCUGAUCUAGGGCAAUCAGCAUUCACUGCCUUCUCUUCCAAUGAUUGGAUGAAGGUUGUUAUCACCAUCAUCAUCGCCCUCCGUCUCUCAUUCCCUCUUACUGAGCUCCCUGACUGGGAUGACUGUUGGGCAAGAAGCGAGUUGCAUUUUAAUGAGUUCUUGACACAUAUGUGCGAAGGUUCUGAGUUGACCACGGUCAAUACUCGAGUCGAUGCCGUCUCUGCCAGUCGCGUCGUCUUGCGUAUCGUUAAGGAUAAGUACGACCGCCGGGUCGCGCUACCGGUGGCAGCGGCAAUUCCAUCGUCAUCGGGAAUUCAGGGUUGCCCGAUGUUUGAUCACAGAAUGGACCCUUAUAUUUCUACGUGGGAUACUGGUCUUGGAGCUGGUAAUGAAAAUCCAUUUUCCACUCGUCAUGCAGAUGACGAGCCACCGGUAUUUCGGGAUUUGUGGACAACGAUAACAAUGGGA